ACUGCUGCGCUGAAUGCAGGAACUGAGGCUCGUGAGAUUUUGAAAGUGGCUGAUGGUGAAUGGCGGUGUUUAAACAGCUGGUGUCAUGUGUGUGUUCUCAUAAUGCAAAAACAUGGAUCAGAAUCUCAGGGCUCUGUUACUGCUCCUGUUAGUGCUGUCACCGGCUUCAUUUCACUGCAGUGGAGGAGAUGAUGGAGGAUGGGGACUGGAUUCCAGUAUACAGGAUGAAGGCGAAUGCAACAUUGAGAUCAGAGAUGUGAAGUCAAUAACACACACAGAGUUUAUUAAAGAGUAUGCUUAUGCAAAACCAGUUAUACUCCGAGGACUAACAGAUAACACCAAGUUUCGCUUCCUGUGUUCCAAAUCCAACCUGGUGAGAGAGUACGGAGAGAAAACGGUCCGUCUCAGCACAGCCAAUACACACUCGUACAGGAAAGUGGAUGUGAGGUUUGAAGAGUUUGUAAAGUUCCUUUUGACCCCUCAGUCUGAAGACACCCUGGGCAGUGAUACGCUGUACUUUUUUGGGGACAAUAACUUCACUGAGUGGCAUUCUCUGUUUGAAGAGUAUAAAGCGCCACCCUUUUCUCUUCCACUCAUGCAUCCUGCGUAUAGCUUCGGGAUUGCUGGACCAGGUACUGGCGUCCCGUUUCACUGGCACGGCCCCGGCUACUCUGAAGUUAUCUACGGCAGGAAGCGUUGGUUCCUGUACCCCCCUGACGAGGCACCAGAGUUCCACCCCAACCACACCACUCUGUCCUGGGUCUCUCUGUCCUACCCAAACCUGGAGCUCCACCAGAGGCCCCUGGAGUGCACCAUACGACCCGGAGAGGUGCUGUUUUUUCCAGACCGCUGGUGGCAUGCCACUCUAAAUCUGGACACCAGCGUCUUCAUUUCAACUUUUCUGGGUUAAAGACUGAUGUGGCGGACACACACCAUGUCUGUUUGACUUGAUGGACCCAUAAAGGAUUCAGUUGCUCAGAGGACCAGCAGUUUGACAAAGCCAUCUGAUUUUAUGAAGAAAAAAAAAUAUUUAUAAAACCUAAUUUUAAUGUGAGAUUAUGAAGUAAAUUUUGUAAAUGCGUUUUCAAUAAAGUUGUGCUUUAGAGACUUA